UUUCUCAGUUGGAACCAAACUUUACAGAGUCAAGGAGGAUGAAGUGAGAGGCUGGAAGCCAGCAGCUGUAUGUGUGAGUAACAACAGCAGGCAGACGUGAGGGAAGAAAAGAGAGGAUGAUAUCUUAAUUGUAGGCUUCUAUAAUUGUAUCCUGACCACGUUGGAGUUUUUUUUUCUAGGUCAGCGCAUGGAUUCUUAGAGAUGUCUGUUUAAUUAGUCUUUCACAGAAAAAAACAAACGUUUUUUUAGACAGCAGCUAACUAUUACUUUAUAUCAUCAUGCUGCUCGCUCUGCUUCUCGUUGCGAGUCUUUGCUCCAAGACCCUCUCCUCACAUUGCUCAUCAACAACUAUUCAGUACCAGGUUUCGGAGGAGCAGCCGGCGGGAACCCGGGUCGGCUGUCUGGCGGAUGACCUGCGGCAGAGGGACGAAGGCGGAUCUCUGGAGGAUUUCCAGGUGGUGGAGCAGGGAAAAGCCCUUCCUUUUUCUGUCACCACUCGAGAUGGGGUUGUCUCCACCCAGGGCCGAUUGGACAGGGAGGAGUUGUGCCGAGGGACUGACCUGUGUGAGGUGGCGUUUAGUGUCCUCUACAGGAAACGAGGUGCUGUGAAGUGCCUGCGGGUUCACGUGAAAGUAAUGGACUUAAAUGACCACAGUCCCAGCUUCCCUAAUACUUUGCAAGAAGUGGAGAUCUCAGAAACUGCUAGCCUUGGGAAGCGAAUCCCAUUGGACUGGGCAGUGGAUCCUGAUGCAGGUUCCAACAGCCUCCAGACCUACUCACUGUCUGUCAACCAGCACUUUGAUCUCGAUGUGACAGUUGGUCCUGGUGGGACGAAACAGGCAGAGCUGGUGGUUGUCAAAGAAUUAGACAGGGAAAUUCAGGCUUCCUUUGAUCUUACCCUUGUGGCGUGGGAUAAAGGGAAUCCACCCAGAUCUGGGAGCACAUUAGUCCGUGUUAGUAUUCAGGACUCAAAUGAUAACAGCCCCACAUUUGAGGACAGCAAUCCAACUGUGUCAUUACCAGAGGACACAGCACUCGGGACUACUGUGAUCAAGCUCAAGGCCAUUGAUCCAGACCAGGGAGCCAAUGGGGAGGUUGAGUACUCAUUUAGUAAGCACACACAUCUAGAAGUUCAAAGACUCUUCUAUGUGGACCCACAAACGGGAGAAGUGAGUAUCAGGGCACCAUUGGAUUACGAGGCCCAGUCUUCUUACGAAGUAAUUGUACAGGCCAGCGAUCAUGGGCCAAAUGCGAUCCCCUCUUACUGCAGAUUGCACGUCAAACUCAUAGAUAUUAAUGAUAAUGCACCGAGGAUACGCCUGACCUGGACCCCAGCCAGCUCGCAGGUUAUAACUGUGCUGGAAGGAGCUCCAGAGGAUACUCUCCUUGCUGUGGUGACGGUCUCUGAUGCAGAUUCAGGAAGAAAUGGAAAUGUGACUGCACAGAUUCAACAAGGCUCAGGCCCUUUCCGACUUAAAAAGAUGCACGGCAACGACUACAUGAUUGUCACCAGCGGCUCCCUGGAUCGUGAGAAGGUUAUGCAGUAUAAUAUCACGCUCUUUGCCCGGGAUAGCGGAAACCCCUUACUUUCUUAUGUCGAACAUCUACCUGUCUAUGUUCUGGAUGAGAAUGACAAUGCCCCAGUAUUUUCGACCCCCAUCUACAGAGCUUCGUUCAAGGAGAACAACAUGACAGGCUACCACAUUCUCAAAGUCGAAGCCCAUGAUGAAGACCUGGAGCUCAGCGGAAAAGUCUCCUACUCCAUUGUUGAGGAAACUAAAACGCAGACUUUCUCAAUUCACCCCAAAACUGGUGUCAUAAGUGUCCAGCAACCUUUAGACUACGAGGCAUUCAAGAACUACUCUUUCAUCGUGGAAGCCGUUGAUCAUGGACAUCCACCACUCACAAGCACAGCUAGAGUACAUAUUGACAUAGAAGAUGUAAAUGACAACUUCCCGGUCAUCAAGGAGCCAAAACCAAGAAAAGGUGUAGCAUCUCUCAGUGUACCUGUUGAUGCAUACAGAGGUGAGAUUGUGACAGAGUUGGGGAAUGCCAUCAAAGAGGAAGCCACCAAUGUGGCAACUGAUCACUCAGUCAGAGAGGGGCUUGGAUUUCUCGCAUCAACAAUCAAAGCAGAAGACCAGGACACGGGACUCAAUGGGAAACUCCAGUACCUCAUUACUGAUGGAAACCCGUCUGAGCUCUUUUGGCUGAAUAACACCUCAGGCCAGCUGUUUGUUAAUACCACUAAUGCUACCGAGCUCAUUGGGAAAACCUUUAAGGUGGACAUCACUGUUUCUGACAUGGGCACUCCGAGGUUGGCUACUAAGGCAACUCUGGAGGUGACUUUCAUAAACCUCAAGGACCAUCUAAAGAACUCAUCACCUGGAAACCGUGGACAGCUCAGCUUCACUAUGAUGAUGGCAAUCUGCCUCGGUGCUACAUGCCUGCUUCUUCUAUUGGCCAUCGCUUUGGUGACAACAUUUUGCCGCCCUGAGAAAAGGGACAACCGGGCCUACAACUGCAGACAGGCUGAAUCGACCUACACCCGCCAUCCUCGGCGCCCACAGAAGAACAUCAGAAAAUCUGACAUCCAGUUAAUUCCCGUAAUCCGAGGAAGAAAGGAAGACCUCCCUGAGGACGAUGGUGAAGCCCAGCCACUAACUCCACCUCCAGCCUCAGAUGAUCAGCAGAUUGAGAGUCACUAUAGCUUAAUGCCAUCAGUUAUGAAUGCAAGCUUCCAUUCCCAAGGCUAUCUAGAAGAGGAUGUCACUCAGCCCAACACCCAUCACUGCAGAACACUUAGGAAACCUGGAAACAUUGAACUUGAUGGAACCUUACCUUCAUCUCCAGCAACAUCAUACCGGACUCUUCACAAAUCCAGAAACACUUCAUCCUCUUCCUCAGUCUCACAUUCCAGCACCUUAAAGAGGCCGAAGAACUCUGAAGGAGAGGAAACGGUUUCACAAUAUUCAUCAGCAUCUGUGGCAACUCUCAGGAGGCCAAAGACCUCGGAUGGACAUGGAGCACGUGAUGCAGCUCACCGGCAGAUCCUUCGAAACCUGGUCCGUCUUUCCAUGGCUGCUUUUGGAGACUCCAUUGAGCUUUCUUCAGCUUCUCCAGAGGUGCAGCAGAUCUCCCAGCUCCUCUCUCUCCUCCAUCAGGGUCAGCUGCAGCCCAGACCGAACUUCCGUGGAAACAAAUACUCUCACCGCAAUGGCAGGUAUGGAGGUCAGGACUGUUCUGACUGGCAGAGCACCAAAGACAGUGGACAUGGCGAGAGCGAGGCUGGAGAUGUGGACUGGGAACCAGGAAGAGACUCACCGAUAGACCCACAGCUGGAGGAAGGACUCAGCAACCUCCUCAACAAUCCUGAUGAUGUUUUCUCAGAGGUCAGUGACCCUUCCUGGAUGGCCAGACUCUCCCUCCCACUCACCAGCGAUUACCAUGACAACGUGUUUGUCCCCAACAGCCCUCCAUCCCCCGAAAGUGAGACCCUUCCUCGGGAUGGCCUGGAAUCUUCAUCCUUCUCCACGUUUGGUAAAACCCCAGAGAAGGACGGCCCAUUGGGCGGAGCUCUGCUAUCUGAGGUGAGCACGCUGUUCGAGAUGCUGAUGACGCAGAAGGCCGAUGCCCACCCCGGCCCUCGGCCUGACGUCCUGUACCGGCUGUCGGCGGCGUACCGUCGCUCUCUGGGCCUGGACGGUGGAGCCGCUGGCAACGCAGCCAAAAACUCUGCGAGAUCUGGGCCUUCCGCACCCUCAGGACUUUGUCAAUAACUGUAGCAUGUGUUCACUGAAGACUGGAACAGACUGGCAACUGUGCAACAGACAGUGUUUUUCAGGUGUCUGUUUUUGUGGAGGAUUUUAGAGGCAUUCAGUCACAGAAACAUAAUUCAGGCAUGUGCAACAGUAAAUAACACCACAGUGGAUCUGUGAUGGAUUUAAUUAACAUACACUCGGCCCUCACACUCCCCUCAGCCAGCAGCACUCUUCCCUUUCCUCUGCUUGACUAGUUUGUGCACUUAACCAUCUCCCACUGGCUGGAAAUGAGCUUAUUUAUUUUACAAACCAGACUGAAGAGAGUACCACAAAGAUAACACGUUAAUCAGAGUAAAAUACAUUUAUCCUAUAAGCAUGUUUAAAGCAUUGCCAGAGACCAGAGAAAUUACAUGAAAUAAAUAUUACAUUUUUUGUUUUAAUGAAAUCAUCAUAUGGUGGGACAACCUCCAUGAUUCUAGUUCCCAGUUCUGUACAGUACAACUAUAAUGAGCUGCCAGGAUGUUAAAAGAAAACAAUACUAGGAAAUGUAACUCAGGAAAUAAACUACCUCUCUGAUGCUAAACACAACCACAAACUACAGACAAGAGGAGCAGGAAGACAGAGCCUCCAACAUUUGAAAUCAUAUAUAGGUGCAGCUUCGCCUCAGUCCUCUCUACCCUAUAAUGAACGUGGAUUCAGGACUUUUUGUUUUCACCAGUUCACCAGUCACCAGUUUCCACUUCACAUUCUUCCUCUACAGGCUGCACUAUUGGACACAACAUCAUGCUGAUGUGCAGUUUUUAAGAUAAAAUAUAGACGUUAUGCUUGGGGUCAGGGUUUAGACAGAUGCACAGACUGAAGAUCAGCUCAGAUUUUGUUCAACUGGUGCUACAGUAUCUGAUUUUUUCAAAAAUUCACCCGUGCGUUGUGAUGUCAGGUUUUAAAAUACGUGCAGGGAAAACACAGCCAAAGUGGACCUGAAGACUUCAGCAUCUCCAUUGUUCUUAACUCGGACACAGGCAGUAACCUGAUGACCUCCUUCUGUCAGGACCUAAUAAACCCUGUUGUUGUUCAGGGUUUGGCUGGCAGAAGGCGAACCAGUGACUGGGAGGAAAUGUCGCUUUGUCCUUUUGUUUUUCCUCAAGAAUGAACUAAACAUCACGCUGAAUGUCAGACUGAACUUCCUCCUCAAAGUAAGCCAGCAAACUGCUUCAGUCCUUUAACCUCUGGCUUAAAACGCUUCUGAAAGUUGUCUCACUAUGUAACAGAUUUUAUCCAUUUAACAGCCAGCACUGUGUAUAUAGUUUUACUUUUGUAAUAUGAACUUUUUCAAUAAAAUGUGCAUCAUAUUUAAACUUGUGGAUCUUUAUGAACA